GUCCCUUGCGUCGCCACCGCCAUUUUGAUCAGCGCGGGAGGUGAGGGGGAGAGAGGGUGCUUCUGUCGUGCAGCCGCCAUUUUGUCGCUGGGUGGUUUGAGCGCGGACGGAGCGGGCGGAGGGCGCCGGAAUCAGCCCGACACCCCGCGGUCAGCCGCCAGCCAGCUCCAACGACCCCCAACUGAGAUCUGGCGACCCGUUUGCUUUGAUUCUCUUGAUCUGAAGAUGGCUGCACAGUCAGCACCGAAGGUUGUACUAAAGAGCACCACCAAGAUGUCUCUGAACGAGCGCUUUACUAACAUGCUGAAGAACAAACAGCCGAUGCCAGUGAAUAUUCGGGCUACCAUGCAGCAGCAGCAGCAGCUGGCCAGUGCCAGAAACAGAAGACUGGCCCAGCAGAUGGAGAACAGACCUUCUGUCCAGGCUGCUUUGAAGCUCAAACAGAAGAGCUUAAAACAACGUCUCGGUAAAAGUAACAUCCAGGCGCGACUAGGCCGGCCAGCAGGAGCUCUUGCCCGCGGAGCCAUGGGAGGAAGAGGGCUGUCCAUGGGGCAGAGGGGCUUGCCCCGGGGAGCUAUGCGCGGUGGCCGGGGAGCCAGAGCUCUGCUUCGAGGAGGAGUCCCGCUCCGAGGUCAGAGCCUGCUCCGUGGAGGACGAGGAAUGUCCCCUAGGAUAAGCCUGAGAAGAGGUGGCAUUAGAGGUCGCGGUGGCCCUGGAAGAGGUGGUCUAGGCAGGGGUGCCAUGGGCCGUGGAGGACUUGGUGGCCGAGGUCGCGGCAUGGUGGGCCGGGGACGAGGGGGCUUCAGAGGUCGCGGCCGAGGGCGAGGGCGAGGAAGAGGAUCGGCACGUCCCGCGCUGACCAAGGAGCAGCUGGACAACCAGUUAGAUGCUUACAUGUCCAAAACGAAAGGACACCUGGAUGCGGAGCUGGAUGCUUAUAUGGCUCAGACGGACCCAGAGAGCAAUGACUGAGGCUGCUCCAGAGACUGGCGUCGCAGUCGAGAUGUGACGUCUGCCUGCACGCUAACAUGGAAACCCUGAUCCGUGCUGGAAGGACCCAUGGGAAUAGGGAGCGGCCCUGUUCUACCGAGAGAUCAGACCUAGUGUGUUCCCUUAAAGUUUUGAUACUUUGUUGUAUGAACCCUCUUUUUGGAUUGUUUUUUAUAUCGGGUUUUUUUUUUUCCCCUUCCCUAAUAUUCCACUGGGAUUGCAAGUUAACCCACUGCCCCUGCCCGCACAGCGCAGCACAGAGUGUUAGGCCGAGCGCUCGUCAGUGCUGGGAUCAUGUGUCCAUGUGCCUCUCCAGCUCUGCGCUUGCAUUUUGGCAUCGGCCCUGUCCCUGCGAGUGGCCAAAUGCUGAGUUGGAUCCCAUUGGAAACAAAAAGCCUCCCAGCAGAGCGAGCGGUCAGGCUGAGUUUAGGUGUUAGCGCUCCUCCAGCCACACCAACCAAAUCUCCCUCUGCGCUGUAUAACGAGCAUCCCAUUCCCACCUGGCAUAGGGUGCUUCCCGGGUUGGAAUCUUUCUUGGUUUUACCUUUUGGUUUUAGAUCAGUUUCGUGUUUCCGUUGCAUUGCAUUUUACCAGAUGCCACCGGCAGUUUUGGUAUUGCCAAGACAAACUAGUGUUGGUGUCAAGGAAUGGGAAGUGGGAACAUCAAACCACAGCCAUGACGACAGAACUCUCUUCAGCCAUGGGAUCCAAGGUCUAUCCGGCCCCUUCUGCUGUAUCCAGAUGGCAUCUGACAGCAUGUACGUCGCCGGAUGGUUUCAGGAAGGGGUUUUGUUCCCUCCACCUCCCUCCUCUUGAGUUUCAGUUCGGCCAUUUUGUGAGCUGUUCCGAUUUCCAUAGAAUCUUGUGUUUCUGGCUUGUUGUAACAGAGAAACAAUGAUAAAAGCAA